GGGGAUCUGUGAACCUUAAGAUUAGACUACCACCUUGAAUCUAAAUGAGCUGCCCUCUUCUCCUCCACAUAAAAGGGGUGGGCAGGUAAGCUAUUCCAAUCAGGGUUUCUCUUUUUCUUAAGCAAAUAAUGAUCAAAGCAACUGACAAACUGUCACGGAAUCUACCAGAUCUCAGUCUGGCCUUACCCCUUCUCUCUAGCUCCUGAACUUUUCUUCCUUCCGUCAUGCUCUGAGCCCAUCCCUAGCAAACUAACCAGUCCCCAACUCCUGGUGUGCAGCCAUCCUGGGCCUGCUGAGCUCUGAUCCAAGUGUCCACUUCUGCCCUCUAAUGGCCUGAUGACUGAGCUUCAUGGAGGUAUCCUCCAGCCUCUCCUCCAACAUUGAACCAGGCAACUAUGUUAAAAUGAAUGAUGCAAUCAUCCACCUACCCUCCAAAGCGGUGAUACAAGACAUUACUAUGGAGCUACACUGUCCACUGUGCCGUGAUUGGUUCCGAGAUCCACUGAUGCUAAGCUGCAGCCACAAUUUCUGCCAAGCCUGUAUCCAAAAUUUUUGGAAGCAGCAAACAAAGGAAACAUUCUGUCCUGAGUGUAAGAUGCUAUGUCAAUAUAGCAACUGUACAUUCAACCUUGUACUUGAGAAGCUGGUAGAGAAGAUUAAGAAUCUACCCAUACUCAAGGGCCAUCCACAGUGCCCAGAGCAUGGAGAGAAUCUGAAACUGUUCAGUAUGCCAGAUGGGAAAUUGAUCUGCUUUCAAUGCAAGGAUGCUCGGUUGUCUGCAGGACAGUCUAAGGAGUUCCUGCAAAUCUCUGAUGCUGUCCACUUCUUCAUGGAGGAGCUUGCCAUCCAACAGGGUCAACUGGAGACAAUCCUGAGGGAGCUUCAGUCCCUGAAGAACAUGCAGAAGGAUGCUAUUGCUGAUUUCAAGGAAGACAAGCUACAUCUGCAGCAACAUGUAUCCUUGGAGUUUCUAAAGCUGCAUCAGUUCCUGCACAACAAAGAAAAGGCCAUUUUGAAUGAGCUCCGGGAAGAGGGGAAAGCCUUGAAUGAAGAGAUGGAGCUGAAUAUGAACAAGCUUGAGGAGCAGGGUCUCCUAGCCAAGGACAUGUUGGUGAGCAUUCAGACACGGAUGGAACAGCAGAACUCCUUCGACUUUCUCAAAGACAUCACAACUUUGUUGGAUAGCUUGGAGCAAGGAAUGAGGUCAUUGGCACCCAGAGAGCUCAUCUCCAGAAAGCUGAACCUGGGCCAGUUCAAAGGUCCCAUCCAGUACAUGAAGUGGAGGGAAAUGCAGUCCACUGUCUCUCCAGGCUUAUCUCCACUAACUCUGGACCCUAAAACAGCUCACCCAAAUUUGGUGCUCUCCAAAAACCGAACCAGUGUGUGGCAUGGUGACGUUAAGCAGGUGUUGCCCGAUGAUCCAGAGAGGUUUGACUCAAGUGUGGCUGUGCUGGGCUCAAAAGGAUUCACAUCUGGAAAGUGGUAUUGGGAAGUAGAAGUAGCAAAGAAGACAAAAUGGACCCUCGGAGUUGUCAGAGAAUCCAUCAUUCGGAAGGGCAGCUCUCCUCUAACUCCUGAGCAAGGAUUCUGGCUUUUAAGACUGAGGAACCAAACUGAUCUAAAGGCUCUGGAUUUGCCUUCUUGUAGUCUGAAACUGAUGGACAAACUCAAUAGGGUGGGCAUAUACUUGGAUUAUGAAGGAGGGCAAGUGUCCUUCUACAAUGCUAAAACCAUGAUCCACAUUUAUACCUUCAGUAGCACUUUCACAGAGAAACUUUAUCCCUACUUCUGCCCCUGUCUUAACGAUGGUGGAGAGAAUAAAGAACCAUUGCACAUCUUACAUCCACAGUAAUUAGUUACACUAUUGUAUAAAUUCAGAGUGAUAUUAAAGAGGUAUUGAAAUAGUUUA